GGUAACAGACCUUUGGACGUUUGAGGGGUUUAGUCAUCCUUCUUUGUAAUGGACAAUGUGGGCUCCUCCCUCCUCUGUGGUUACUGAUGGAGAGAGGGAAGGAAAGGAGUGGCAACAGGACGGCAAUCUACUCAUCUGUCCAAUUUCAGCUGCGCCACGGUUGUUUUGCGUCACGACUGGGCAAGUUAUCUCAAAUGUGACGCUUUCCCAAGGGGUCGCAUGCUGCGGGGAUCACCGAAGAGAUCUUGCCACUUCUCGGCAGUUCAAAGACAUUUUUUCCCCCAGUUUCCUCAGUAAUAGGUCAGUCUAGCUCUUUAUUCAGGAACUGAUCCAAAACACACACACACUUCAGUGACGGAACUAAUAAGGAUCUCGGCUCUCGGACUUGUCGGCAGAAAGCUAUAAAGGACUUACCUCUGAGUCAGACCAUGGAGGAGAGUUCCCAGCAUGCUAUGCGAGGUCUGGGGCCCCUGCCCUGGUAUGUGGGGGGGUCCCAGGUGCUAGGCCUGGCCUGUGUGGUGAUCACAGGGGUGUGGAUGGGUCACUACCGGGGGGGCUAUGCCUGGGAUGGAUCCUCCCGGGAGUUCAACGUUCAUCCCCUCUGCAUGGUGCUGGGCCUGGUCUUCCUCUAUGGAGAUGCCAUCCUAGUGUACAGGGUGUUCAGGAAUGAGAACAAACGCAAUGUCAAGAUCCUCCAUGCGGCCAUCCACCUCCUUGCACUUGUCAUCAGUAUAGUGGGUAUGGUUGCAGUGUUUGACUUUCACAGGACAGCAAACAUCCCAAACAUGUACUCCCUCCACAGCUGGUGUGGCAUGGCCACCUUCGUCUUCUUCUGUGUUCAGUGGGUGAUGGGCCUAGCCUUCUUCCUGUUCCCCGGGGCGUCGGCCCGGCUGAGGAGCUGGUACCUGCCUCUCCACGCCUUCUUUGGCCUGGUGCUGCUGAUCAUGGCUGUGGGCACCAGCCUGCUGGGGAUCACGGAGAAACUGCUCUUCAGCAUCCAGAACACCUACUCCAAGUUUGACUCCGAGGGAGUCCUGGCCAACGUGCUGGGACUACUGCUGGUGGGCUUCGGGGUGCUGGUGGGCUACGUGGUGACACGGGAGGACUUCAGACGACCCCCCCACCCUGAAGAGGAGGCGUUGUCGGUGCACUUUAAGACCCUGACAGAGGGAGGGAGCCCCAACUCACCUUAGUAGAGCUGCUCUCCCUCCCUCUUCUAAUCCCCCCCCUCCUGAAAAUGGACGGCCGUUGUUUGUUUCCUGAAAACUUGAUCCGAACCUUUGAAAUGUUGUAGGUGGUACACAACCCCUCUGGUUCAGUAGCUGCCCUCAAUCCAAUUUCCUGUACUGAAUGUGGACGGCUCACAUAUGCCCCCUAGUGUUCAUAGAUUUACACAACUGACUUAAACUGGUGUAACCAUUUUAACAAUCACACAAGUGCCAUAAACCCAAAUAUAUUGACAAGAAACGACCUCUGAAAUUAAAUGGAUUAUCUCCUGUUUCUCUUUUACAGUACUAUAAAUUACUUCUGAAUGCUAAAGUGUGCCUUUGUCUUGGUAAGGCAGUGCCAAAUACAAGCCAAACUGGGUCCACCAGAUAUUUUCUUGUUGCACUAUUUCAUAGGGUUAACAUUGCUCCAUUCACAGUUGAGAGAUUAAGUGAGAAGUUUGUUGGAGAGCUGUCAGUAGUUUAGCUAGUGAUAAUCAGGUAUAAUUUACCAGGGUACUGUAAAAGGAUCUGUCAGGGGAAUGAGAAGUAGAUGUUUCCACAGAUAAGAAACAAACAUUAAUUCUAGCUUUCAGUUGAUCAGCAUAAUGUUUGAUGUUAGAUUAAGAAGUAAACUCACGUUUCUGUAGCUGUAUAAAGAUGGAUUAAGAUAGUACUGGUGACAUUGUUUUUAGUCUGAUAUUUUGAAGUAUUCUUCAUUGAGCUGUUGUGCAUUCCUGUGUGCUUGAUGUUCCUUUGUAAAGAUCUGCCUGUGUCAUACAUUACAUAAACACAGAUUGAAAGAGAUUGUGCAAAUAUUAUAAACCGUGUAUGAAGAUGUAGUUCUGUUGUCCAUAUUGUAAUGAAUUAAGAAGGUUUGAUUCCUUUUUGCUGCUUGUUUAUUUGUAUGCUCAGAUGACUUCUUGUCUGAACACAGCCUGAUGAACUGAUGGAAAUCCAUUAUCUUGCUUACCAUCAUAUCAUUAUUAAAGUGGCAUGCCUCAAUUAUUACACUGGCA